GUUUGUUUUUCUGUAUGUGUUUUAUCUCGGAUUUACUUAUUUAGCCAGCACUUGUGUUCGCUAGCAAGCUAGAGUCUUCGGAUGAACUAUCACGUGUAGCCAACCAGGCCAGCUAGCUAGGUAACUCCUCUGCUAGCUAACUCCUCUGCUAGCUAACUCCUCUGCUAGAUGGAGCAAAUGGGUUAUGCAGCUUCCACCAUGUUCGGGACGACAACACCCGCAGAACGGGGAGAGUGAGAUUCCCUUACUGCUUGAUGUUUCCAACGUCCCCUCUUUUAUUGAACUAUUCUCAUCAGUGGUACACAGUCCAAAAGAAGAGGAGAGAGACUAAAGAACAGGAAGAACCUGCCGUUAGGGAUGAUCAAAUGGAGAAGGAUCUACCUGAACCUGAACACAAAGAGCAAACCGUGAUGGAGUUGGAAAUGGUGGACAACGAGAGGAAGAAAUGUAAAAAGCAAAAGAAGAAAGAGAAGCGCGUGAAUGUUCAAGCUGAAAUGGAGGAACGAACUGAAGGGAAAACGAAGAAAAAGUCAAACGAUCUUCAAACACAACGAGACGAUGGAGCGACUGUUGCUGAGGAGGCGAUGAGUAGCUGGAGGAAAAAGACACACCAUAAUGACAGACGGACAGAAGACGGGAUGGCCAGUGGCCUCUCAGCGUCUGCAGUAGAUGUCUCGGAUGUAAGAGUGCCAGAGGAGGCCAGAAGGAGUAAGAAGAAGCACAAGAACAGACGAACGGAGCUUGGAGAGGGAGCGGAAAGCCGUCACACAGUUUUAAGAUUAGCAGAUGAUCCUGAAAUCAUAGAACUAUACACUGACACGGUUGAGGGAGGUGAAAAUGUGGUAACGGAGCUACAGAACAAUGUAAAGGAGAAGAGGAAACGAAAAAAGGAAAAAGUUGGAGAGAUUCAACUGAACGUUUGUCCAGAUGAAACGGAGCUUCCGGGUAUUAUAGAACAAACUGAGAGAAGAUGGAAGACAAUGAGGCUGACAACCCAACCGGACGGAGGGUCUGCUGCUGUAGAGGGCAGCGGGAGGAAAAAGAGAAAACGCUGCAGAGAGUCCGACACGGGAAUGGACCGUGUGCCCUCGAAGUCUGAUAACGGGACACCUGAUGCUGGACCAGAACCUGAGACAGGGGAGGAUGGCCCCCAUACAACCAUGGUUGAGACAAGGAUCCAACACCGCAGACGCAUCCUAAAGGAGAAACCCCUAAGUGAGAAAGAAUGGAAUGCUAUGAAUGAGCUCAAAGAGUUUAUUCCCAAUGUUGAGUCUCAGGCUGCUUGGAGGAUCAGAGUGAUGAUAAAGUAUGAUCUUGAUCGAUUCAAGGAAUUCCGAAGACAAGGCAUUUCCCUGCGAACUGGACGAUUCAGUGCACAGGAGAACAAACAACUCAUCAGGAACAUACAUGACUUCCUGGCUCUCACAGGGAUUGAGAAUGCCUCUAAGCUCUUCCAUACAAAGCGCUUCAAAGACGAAGCAAGAAAUAUCCAGAGGUUGAAGAGUCAUCACAGUUUCCCUGAAAGAAUAGCUGAAGGGAUCCCAAGGCCUUGGCAUAAGAUCUAUACUCGAGGUGGGAGGAAAAUGUUUGAUGGCAGCAGCUACAAGGGCAGACGAAGGUUCAGCGAAGAUGAACUUGACUCUUUGAAAAAACUGCAGAAGUUGUACGGCAACAAAUGGGUGAAGAUCUCGCAGUUGACUGGCCGAAGCGAAACGCCCCUUAGGAAGCGUUUUUCUCAGAUGUUCGCAAACUUAGGUUCUUGGAGCGAGGAAGAACUGAAGAGACUAAUGGAGGCUGUUCGAGACCACCUGCUGGGACAGGCAGAGCCUGGCAGUGGACCUGCCACCAUCAGGAAAGACAAGCUGUACAACCACAUCCCCUGGUCAGAUGUGUGCCGGAGGGUUAAGACACGCCACCGGGACCAGUGUAGAAUGAAAUGGUUGGGUGUUCUGGCACACAAAAUGACAUAUGGACAACCAGUAUUCAGUGGAGGUGUGAAAACCAUAAAGGCUAAAGUGGUUUUGAUCAAAGCGUUGAACGCAAUGCAGGUGGAAGAUGCUUCAGAUGUUGACUGGGAAGAAAUUGCUCACACAAUUGGGGGUGUUACUCCUUGCUACCUACAGAUGCACUACCACAAGCUAAAAGUAGCCAAAGUUCCGCUGCGGGAGAGCAUGUCCUUCUGUGAGAUCAUUGAUUUCCUGUACAGUAGUGUUCUGCCCCAGUUUGAAGAGCUCCUCCGCCAGGUUCAGACGGAGUCAGGGGAGACUGAGUCCGGAGAUCUCCGUCUGGUUCAGACGGAGUCAGGGGAGACUGAGUCCGGAGAUCUCCGUCUGGUUCAGACGGAGUCAGGGGAGACUGAGUUCGGAGAUCUCCGUCUGGUUCAGACGGAGUCAGGGGAGACAGAGUCCGGAGACGAGCCACGAGAGCUCUUCCUGCUCUCAGAGAUCUUUGAAAAUGAGGACGACUGAGAUUAUUACAGCGAUGUUCAGAACAGAUAAUCAAUACACAGAACACAGAUCUGUCUGAGGCUCAAUGACCCAGGGGUUCUGGAUGAAAAAGGGGCUUAUGUGGUGGGCGUGGCAGGGGGGGGCUGUCAGCGCGGCUGAAUUUUAGAGACCCCCAUCUUGGCUGUGUAGAUAAUGUCUUUGCAUUUUUAAGCCAAUUUCCGGCUAUUCUACACAUUUCUCCAUGGAGCUGAGAAAAAAUCUUUCAGUUUUAAAGCAAAUGUCCUGAAGUUCUCUGCAUUUUGUCUGUUAUCUUUUGCUCAAACAUAACGAAAUCGUUACUGCUAAAUUCCUUGUUUUUGGAAUUUCAAUUCUCCCUGACUGUCUUGCUUUUAUAUUGGUGAUUGUUACUUCUUAAAAGAUUACAUUAUUAAAAAAUAUAGGUCCAUUUCUUUUAAUUUCGACAAAAGAAAAAGAAAUUGGCCUCCAGCUCAAUGAUUCCAAUGACAGAAAAAUACCUGUGAUGCACUGUGGAGGUAGCAGGGUGCUCUUCUCAAGGAGGAUCAAUAACCCACUGGGGAGGUAGCAGGGUGCUCUUCUCAAGCAGGAUCAAUAACCCACUGGGGAGGUAGCAGGGUGCUCUUCUCAAGCAGGAUCAAUGACCCACUGGGGAGGUAGCAGGGUGCUCUUCUCAAGCAGGAUCAAUAACCCACUGGGGAGGUAGCAGGGUGCUCUUCUCAAGCAGGAUCAAUGUCCCACUGGGGAGGUAGCAGGGUGCUCUUCUCAAGGAGGAUCAAUGACCCACUGGGGAGGUAGCAGGGUGCUCUUCUCAAGCAGGAUCAAUGACCCACUGGGGGAGGUAGCAGGGUGCUCUUCUCAAGCAGGAUCAAUAACCCACUGGGGAGGUAGCAGGGUGCUCUUCUCAAGCAGGAUCAAUAACCCACUGGGGAGGUAGCAGGGUGCUCUUCUCAAGCAGGAUCAAUAACCCACUGGGGAGGUAGCAGGGUGCUCUUCUCAAGCAGGAUCAAUGUCCCACUGGGGAGGUAGCAGGGUGCUCUUCUCAAGGAGGAUCAAUGACCCACUGGGGAGGUAGCAGGGUGCUCUUCUCAAGCAGGAUCAAUGACCCACUGGGGAGGUAGCAGGGUGCUCUUCUCAAGCAGGAUCAAUAACCCACUGGGGAGGUAGCAGGGUGCUCUUCUCAAGCAGGAUCAAUGUCCCACAGGCCACAGAAUUGAGGAUUCAACUCAUUCCUUGAGGUGGUUAACAACGAUUUUUAUUGAGUUUGGAGAAACCCUGUGACCAGCUGUGUAAUGGUUUUGUUCUGUAUUGUAUUUGCUGAAUAUCUGACAGAAUUGUUUUAUAUUUUAGAAUAAAUUGCUCUGUCUUGA